GUGGUAGCAUUAUAUCAAUGGUGAAUGGUGGAAACGUUCCUUUUGUCAGUGUUUGUUUAUGAUCCUUUUCCUUGGGGAGUAAGAAACUAUUUUGAACUAUUCCAGCCGUUGCUGAGCCUAGGCUUCCUGUAGCUCCCUAGCCUGUUGGUUUUCAUUUUCAUCUAGCAAUAUUUUAACAAUGGCUACCUCAAACUCAGAUAAAGUACAAGAGUCUUUUUCCAAUCUGCAGUACAGGAGGAGUGCCUCACCUGAGGUUGUAUGCUUUAGUGAGCCAGAAAUAAUGCCAGAGAAUGAUAAGACGACAAUAAAAGGAGCCCAACAUGACGGUUAUCAUAAAGCUUGGAAGAGAAAGAAUGCUUUGAAAAGGAAAAAAAUUAGUGACACUGGGCCAUCUGAGACUUCCAGGGAGUCAUUUAAUAAUGGAGGCUCGUUUAAAAGAUCAAGCUCAAACCCUGAGCUGCAUCAAGGAGGUGAAGGAGAGGGAGCUGAUGAGCAGCAGCAACGUCGAAGAGGUGUCCAGUUUCUUCAAGUUCCAUCAAACAGACGCCUUGUCACAAGAUCAGCUGCAGGGAUAUCACGGAUAAGGCCUUCACCUCUUGUGACCAGCUCAUUAACAUGUUACAGCAAUAUGAAUGAGAUUGAUGGAGACAUGGAGCUGGUUCCUGAAUUAGAUUUUAGGCAGUAUCACCUUGAUGUGGACAGUGAUGAAAAUGAUGAUGAUAGCAGUAAUGAAGGAGAAGGAAAGGAGGUUGAUAAAGAAUUAGAGGGACAGGAACUUGAAAGACAAGAAUAUGAAAAGUUGAUGAAUGGUCUUAUUGUAGAUCCCCCCUCUAUGCCUCAAAACCUUCCUAAUAUUCAUCAUACAAAGCAAAUAUCUGGUGUUUCACUCACUGGCUAUCAAGGAGAUGAAGAAGUGUUGUCAGAGGAUGACCGCUGGCUGAGUAGGCCUAGUGAUGAUGCAGGAAUGACCCGAUUACACAGUCAAGAGCUGUUAAAUGAAUUGUUUUUCAAGUUCAAGUACGUUCACCCCUCUUUGAAGCACCAUGGGAGGAGGAGGACUUUCAGGAAACGUGUAGCCACAGAAAGUACAAGAAAGAUCAGUGCGCUGGAUAUGAUUCAGAAGAGAAAUUCUGAUGCCAUUAUAACUAAUGAUCACUCACUGAGUGAGGAAGAGGAAGAUAAAAAAGAGUUGGAAAAAAAGAAAGAAGGAGAGAGGGAAAAGGCUAGGAGAGCAACAAUGCAAGCAGAUUUUAGUCUGUAUGAUACGAAAAAGAAAAAGAAAGAAAGAAAGGUCUUGGAAAGCAUUGUUGGAGCUGGGGCGAGUUUAUCACCGCCGCCAAAAAAAACAAGAGCACAGAGUGUUCUUGAAUCUGCAGGCCCAACCAGUAUUAAUAAACAUAAGCUAAGCUCUCCUAAUUUAUCGUUGUUGGACAGGAAGAAGCUGCCAGUAUCACCUAAAGCACCUCAUUUCAUAAAACUGAAGCUUCAUAAUCCAAAAUCAGCAGAAAAACUACUAAAGCAUCUUGAAAUGAAGAAAUAUGAUCAAGUCCAGAGAAAUGAGAGAAUGGAUACUCCUCUCCAUGCUAUUGUACGAAGUGACAGAAAAGAUAAAUUAGAGUGUCUGCUGAUACUAAUGGUGUUCAGUGACUUUGGGACUGAGAAUAUUGGCAUACCUGCUGCUUUUGGUAAUACAGCAUUGCACAUUGCAGUCCAGAAAGGGGAUUUAUUAAUGGUUCGACUACUCUUAGUAUUUGGUGCAAAUAUUGAUGCAAUCAAUGAUAGAAAGAGAACUCCACUUGACAUGCUCAUCAAUGGAGGCAAUGACAAAAAAUUUUCCAAAAUCAUCGAAGAACUGAAGAGAUUUGAUGCCAAACACGGUCAGGAAGUAGUACCAGUUCGAAGAAAAAAACAUCAUUUUACAAGACUAAUGUCCAUUUCAGUCGAUAUUGUUAAAGCAUUUGGAAACCUCAUUACUUUAUUAUCUAAAGCUUUGGUUGAGUCAGAAGAUGUUGCCAUGAACUGCAAGAGUAGGUGCGAGGAGCAGCACAUUCCUUUCUUUCGUUUUAGUCCUCAUCUUGAUACUGAAGUGGCUUCUGGUGAGACAGAUAAUGACAAGCUCAUAGAUAUGAUACUGCAAACUAAAUAUCAGGCUGUGAAAGAAUGGAACGAGAAGCUUGAAGAUUUAGCAUGCAUAUUUUCACGAAUUGAAGAAUACAGUCGUAAACAAAUGAUACAGAAACUGAGAGAUAGAAGAAGGCUUCAAACAAUGAUCAGCCAGAACGACGUCAUUCCAGAAGAGCAAUGA